AUGUCCAAGGACGUAGCUUUCUCUCCCGUGUCGACCAUAAUCCCACGAUCUCCUCCAGAUGACACUCUCCAUCGUCGUCAUCCUCGACGUCGACGACAGACGGAUUCUGCUGUGCUUCUAAACCAGACCAUUGACGCACCCCAGAGAGACCCGCAUCGCAUCCAGGCUCGCCGUUCAGUCGUGAAUGCCUCCUCAUGGGUGGCCACAGCAGAAGAUAACCUAGCUCCUGCAUCAUACACUCUUACCACCUCUCCGCUCUCAUCGCCCCGGUUGAACCAGGUCGAGUCGUCGUCGUUGUCGUCGUCGUCGCUAGUGUAUCCCUGGAGGCGACAGAGAUCGCAACGCCACUCGGAUGACCCUCACAGCGACCCAGAUCCCGCUCAUGAUAAUAAUUACUUUCACAACACCAACAGUAAACCCGAAACUAAAACUCACAGCCGUCAGACCGUCAUGUUUGCGGCGGAUCCCCGUGACGCGGGCAGAGCAACCACGCUAAAGUCCGCCAGUACCAGCGACUCCCCAUCAGCGCCAGCAGCCACAACAAUCACAACAACAACAACAACAACAACUUCUCCGUCAUCAUCAUCGUCUUAUCCUCAUGCAUCUUCAUCUUCCGUACCUCGCUUGCCGCAAAGUCGAUUUAGUUUCGAGUAUCAGAUUCCUCUGCACAAGCGAGCCUUAACGUCGUCUCACGGGACCUUUCCCAUCGAACCAACGUCAAGCGCCGACCCGUCCCCGACCCCCCAGCAGCAGCGCACUUUCUUGUACGACAGACCCUGGCGCGCUGUCCCAGGUUUUAGUCUCUCCCGUCCCCGAGAUCCGACCGCUUCUGCGACCUCGUCGCAUCUUCCGUCUCCUUUAUCCUUUUCAGAGGAAUCGAGCGAUCUGGCUUGGCCCUUCGAUGCCGAUUCGACCAACAACGCGUUGAACUCCAAUGCCUCGAAGCGUCGUCGUAAAAAAUCGUUAUCACAGUAUCAGCAACCGAAUAUCCAAGCAGAUGUGAAGGGGAGGAUGCCAUCAGCCACAACGCCUUACGUUCAGGGGAACCCACUUGCAGAGGAGCGCGAUCGCGCUAUCAACCGUGUCGAUCUAUCCGACCUGGAAGAUGGCGCUAGGACACCACUCGCAGAGGACCCUAGAUCCAAGAAUGAAGAUAUUUUCCUGAACAUCGCCCGAUCCGAUUCGAAGAGGCGCGACUCCCUGGGACGGUCGGAGCUUAGGCGGUCGCGACUCGGAUUAUCUGGCAGCCAUCUUCGCUCACCAACCUCCCGAUUCAACGAGCAGACCCCUUCGCCCGAUCAUCAACAGCUCAACACUUAUGAAACCCCCUUGCAUUCCCAUCAUACCUCUCCAUCCAACCCUUACAGCGCUUUGCCCUACUCCUACUCGGCCUCCGCCCAUCCUCUUGAUGACCAUAGCCGCUCACGACAUUCAGUGAUCGGCUCGAGUUCGAGGUCGACCAUUGGCCUGCCACGAAGCAGAUUCAAUCGGACAAGCCCAGAUGAUUCACCUCAAUCGCCCGAAAUCCCCAUAGAAAGGAGAGGCUCGCUACAGGAUCCUCGAGCAUACCGCCAUUCGGCGCUUGCUAGCAUUAGAAGCAGUCGGCAGCCCUCAGGAUCCGAUGUCACGGAGCGUGCCCGGGUUGAACCGGACCGGUCUCGGCAGGAUGGCACGGAGUCGACCCUGUCGACCACCGCUCCAUCCACGGUCUGGGAUGAGCUGGAAGAUCUCAAGUCGCGCAUUAAGAAGUUGGAGUUGACCGGAAAGCUACCCCCAUCGUCUCAGGCGGCGAUCUCCUCGGUUUCUGGGGAGCGACCGCGGACUGCAACUACCACUGUGACGACCGUAUCCUCGUCGCCAAAGCAUAACCACAAGACCAGCAAUCUGUCUGGCGACUCCGAGAAUGUUGCCAACCCGGUUCAUCCACUUCUGCAUUCUGCGCUACUCAAGGCAAAGACCGUGCUGAGUAAUGAAGUGUUUAAGGCCCUUGACGCUGCAGUUACGGAUGCGCUGGCCCUUUCAAACACAUUGGGUACCAAUCAAGCGCCCUCAGGCGGAGUCUCAUGUGUGAAUGGCUAUAGUCCGUCUGAUCGACAGAACAGGCGGAAGGCCGAUAGCGUCUGCCGCAGCUUAACUGAGCUCUGCAUCGCCCUGUCGGAUGUGCAGCCUCCUCAACAGCAGCAGGCCUCUAGCGGUGAUGAUGACACUAUAACUCAAUUACACGUCAGCACAAACGGUGAAGCCCCCACGCCUGCUCUUCCCUUCCGGCGGAGUACCAUUCAGGCUCCUGAGGACAUAGGUUUAGGUCGGCGGAAGAGUAUCACCAACCGCCUGGAGGCACGACGGGCAAGUUUGGCUGCUGCCACCCAUACCAGCAGCAAAGAUCAAUCUCCCGUUGCAGAUGGCAGCAAUACGCAAUUACCAGGUGGAUCAGCUCCUAGAAGCCGUCUAAACCGUCUCUCAACCACAUUGCGGACCAAGAGACUCCAGCCGGAUGAGGACAAUGGCGAUGAGCCAAAUCCGCAUAGUCGUUCCUUCUCAAGAGCAAUGACCGACAUGGACAAUCCGCGUCCGAUUAAACGGUUCCCAACGCGGGAGCGGACUGGUGUGUAUACUGCCUCUCAAACGGCGCCGGAUACUCCGCGCGAUCAGAGUUCAAGACUGUCGUAUCAAUCCCCACGUACGCAGCUUCGAACCCCGACUGUACAGUCAAGUAUUCCGCUCCGUAGAAGCCUCGUCCCUCCAGGCAGUUUUACACCAGCAACAUCCCGUUCGAACAUCCUGGCAGGAUCCCGCAGAUACGGUGCUCCCGAUCAUGCCGCGACCCCCAGCGGGAUUCCAAUGCCGCCGAGUCCAGGCGAAAAUGUGCACUCGCAGACGAGGAUUUCCGUCUCGUCAAGCAAACAGGCGGCUAGCUAUACCCCGAUCCAGCAGAACCGGAUACGAGCGAACAGCAUGGGCGUCCGAGCUUUCGGCCUUAGGCAUCGACCGAUGGCCACUUACGAUGACGCCGCGAGCUCUGUAAAUGUCAGCAUCGAUUGA